AUGAAGUACUCUACCACCAUCUCUCUCGCCGCCAGCCUGGCCCUCGUCAACGCCCGCUCCCUGGGCUUCUCUCGCCGCCAGAGCGCUCUCUCUAUCCCCGCCUCUGCCGGCACUGAGACGCUCAGCGAGCCUCAGUACAUUACCGGCUCCUUCGACGGUGGCCUCAAGACCUACGGCCGUGGUGUCUCUUGCUCCUCGGGCGAGGGUGGUGAGGCUGACGCCGUCUUCGUUCUCGAGGACGGUGCCACCCUCAGCAACGCCAUCAUCGGUGCCGACCAGAUCGAGGGUGUCUACUGCCUGGGUGCCUGCACCGUUGAGAACGUCUGGUGGGAGGCCGUCUGCGAGGACGCUCUCUCCAUCAAGGGCAACGGUAACGCUAAGGUCAGCGGCGGUGGUGCUCAGGGCGCCAAGGACAAGGUCAUCCAGCACAACGGUGUCGGUACCGUCACCAUCGACGGCUUCCAGGUCUCCGACUUCGGCAAGUUGUACCGCUCCUGCGGCAACUGCGACGAGCAGGGCGAGCGCCACGUCGUCAUCUCGAACGUCAAGGCCUCUUCCGGCAGCCAGCUCGCUGGCAUCAACUCCAACCUCGGCGACACUGCCACCAUCUCCGACACUUGCGCCACCUCGGUCGACACUAUCUGCGCUGAGUACGAGGGCAACAACACUGGCGAUGAGCCCAGCAUGGUCAGCGAGGGCCCCAGCGAUGCCUGCAAGUACACCGACGUCCCUGCUUGCUAG